AUGGAAGACAGCCAGUGGAAGGGUCCAGAGAUGAGAGAUACAGUGAAGAACAUCACCAAAGUCCAUGUUAUUAGACUGUCCAUCUAUGAGAAAGAAGACCAGCUGCUCUGGGAUCCCAAUGUCCUUCCUGAAGGGGAAGUAGAAGAGUUUCUAUACAGGGCAGUGAACCGGCAGUGGGAGGAGAUGGCCAGCUCUCAGAUCCCUGUUGGGGUAACUGUGAAAGACAAUGAGCAGGCCCUAUAUGAGCUGGUGAAAUGCAACUUCAACGUAGAAGAGGCACUUCGGCGGCUGCGGUUCAACGUGAAAGUGAUCCGAGAUGAACUUUGUGCUUGGAGUGAUGAAGAAUGUAGGAAUUUUGAGCACGGCUUCAGGGUCCAUGGGAAAAAUUUCCAUCUGAUACAGGCAAACAAGGUGCGCACACGGUCAGUGGGUGAGUGCGUGGAGUACUACUAUAUGUGGAAGAAGUCUGAUCGAUACGACUACUUCACUCAGCAGACCCGCUUCGGCCGGAAGAAGUACGUCCAGCCCGGAGCCACGGACUUUGCCGACAACGACUUGGACAGUGGUGAGGUAGAAGGCUCUGGCCGCUCACGGAGCUCCCCGCCUGUCCCUUCUGCCACCGACUGCCUGGAUUCAGCCUUUCCCCAAGACCACCUAGCGAUGGAGAGCACAGAACCCCUCAGUGUGGAGAGUACAGCCUGCAGCUUGGGCAGCCUGAAUGAGUCCGGUCAAUGCAGCACACCCUCAGAGGCCAACUGCUCCUUGGACCCAGCUGAGGAGCCCUCGGGCAUCCCUCUGCCCCAGCGCUCCCUUACCCCAGCUCAUGUAGGCUUCUAUCCACUGCCAGAAGUUGACAAGGCAGAGCUGGGUCCAGCCCCUGCUGGGCGACUGGCAGUGGACUUGGCUUUGCCUGCAGCACUCCCUGGGGAGGAGCUGCCUCUCAUCUCCAGCCAUGUGGAUUUGGACAGAGACCCAGAGGAAGCUGUGGCCCCUGCCCAAGUGGCCCUGUCAGUCACAGAUUUUGGACUCCUUGGCAUCGGGGAUGUAAAUCCUUUCCUGGCUGCCCACCCCGCCUGCCCAGCCCCUGUGCUGCACCCUGAGCCCUUGUCACACUGUAACGUGAUGACCUGUUGAUUUGUUCAUCUGGGGACAGGUGUGUGCACCAAGACUCCUCUCUGUUAACGCGUCACUGUUUUCAGACUGUAGGGCUCUGGCCAACAACUUCUCUUCCCCAUUCUGCCCGUGCCAGGCCUGUCCUGCUAUUGCCUCUGUCAGAGCCCUCCCACCCCCACUUCCAUCCUGCUCCUCCCAGGCCUUGGUUAGCUCCUCCAUUUUGGAAGGUGGAAUUAAGGGGGGGACGAGGAACUCUGGGCCUGCUGGGCCCUCAAUGACUGACCUUUCCCGUCCCCAGACACAGCCACACAGCCACACACCAGGGUUGGGACAGAGAAGGUUCCCUGAAACAGUGCUUGGCAGGGUCCCCAGCCCCUCAGCUCAACUUGAAGUCUGGUAGCAACUCCCAGGGCAGAGUAGAGUGGGUGCUAGAGAGCAGCCUAUUGGGGGUGGGAAGAAGGAGGACCCAGGCCUCCCAGCCCCCGCCCUGGACUUCCGUUGCUGGCAGCGGACAAGAUGGCCUCUUGGACAGCGCCACCACUGUAAGGAUGAGCCCUCUGGAAGCGGUCUGCUGAGACUGCCAGCCUGGCCCGGAAGAGGGACCCCCAGGACCUUUGGAAAAGGUCAAAGUCACUCCCCCCAAUGGGGGUGGAAGGCGGCCUUUGGGGGUGAGUGGGACCUGGCCCAGCCCCUUCCACCAGCAAUCUCCCCUAGCCUGAUGGCAGCUCCUGACUUUGUCAGCAUCAAGGCUUGGGCAAGGGGAAAGACUCCCUUCUGGAGAAGGACCUCCCUAGGGGCAUGUGGAGAGAGGACAGCAGGAUGGCCAGCUGCUGCUCAUGGUGCCAAAUAAUGUGGGGGGCAAGGGGGGGGCAGGGCCGGACUUGGAGCCAUAUACCUCUUGACUGUGUUUGGGCCCUUAGUGACUCCUGUCAGCUCCCCUCCACUUCAGGUCAAGCAGCACUUUACAUUCACUCCCUGCGCCUCCCACCACCCAUGUGUCACAGUGGCCACUGGCCCUGGUCAAAUGACCUCACCUCCCAAGCCCACUGCCUCCUCUGCUCCAGAGUGCCCAGUAGGCCCAGAGAUUCCAGUUCUCCACUCCAUGUGAAAUGGAGGGAGGGAGGGAGGGGUGGCUGGCUUUAAACCCUCUUCUUGCCCUCCCCUGCAGGGCUGAGCAACAGGGCUGGGGACCCUAUGGGAGUGUCCAGCCUCUUGGCUUGCAUAAAGCAAGCUGCAGCCACAGCUCGAUUUCAGAAUCGCUGCAGGCUCUUGGGAAGGAGGCAAGUGACCUCCUCCCCCUGGCAAUAUAGAGAGGGCACUUAUCCAUGCCCAUGUUUCCUCCAAGCCUUGAUUUUGUUUUCUGCAGAAUGGCUGGAGGGCCUUGUUCUUUUUUUUCUCUUCUUCUAUCCCUCUUUCCCCAUUUAUUUAUAUUUCUGUUGUUUACAAAUCAGUGGGCUCCUGAAGGUUAGGCAGGGGCCAUGGCUUCUUCUGCCCCCCUAAGGUCCAUAUGUCAUGAAGCACAUUUGUUUUUCUCCCUUGAGCUGUUCCUGAGGGCCAGACUCAAACCCUCCCCUAAGGACCACACUGUGAAGUGAAAACUGCCUUCAAUAGCCCUCGCCGUUAUUUAUUAAAUUUGAUUUGAAGUCAA